AUGCAGAUUACGAAUACAAAUUCAGCGACUAUUAGUACUGGUAUAAGAGAAGGCAGGGAGGAAGAGAGAGACAGAGUGACACAUACUUGUUCAUUCUUUGAUCAAAAUUAUAAAUUAAAUGAGGAGAUUGUGGAAGAGAUUGGCAGUCAAGAACACAAUCAAGGUGGAGAAAAUGAACCAACUCAAGGAGAAGGAAAUGAGGGUGGCGAUGAUGAGGGUGGCGAUGACAACGUAAUCCAACAAGUAAAUGAAGAGAUUGUGGAAGAGAUUAGCAGUCAAGAACACAAUCAAGGUGGAGAAUAUGAACCAUCUCAAGGAGAGGGAAAUGAGGGUGGAGAUGAUGAGGAGGACUCGGAUGAGGAAGAUGGAGACAAGGAUGAUGAUCAGAGGAGGACUCGGAUGAAGAGGAACAAGCGGAAAUAG